UGUGACUCUUCCAGCUGAUUGAUUCAAUUUCAAUUUGCCUAACGAACAACAGCGUUUACGUUCGCGUGUAGAGUAAAAUUCGCCUGUUCAAGUGAUGAGACUCGUUCCUUGACUGUGGUCAUCAGAUUCUUCGUUACUUUCCGCGUGGAUCUUGAUUUCUUGCCACCAUGGAUUCGGAUUUGCUUGUGGACUUACAACUUCAGUAUGAUUAUUUAUUCAAAGUUCUGAUGAUCGGCGAUUCUGGCGUGGGAAAAUCGUGUCUUCUUCUUCGUUAUGUUGAUUUCGCCCACAGAGAGGCAUACCUUAACACAAUUGGAGUAGAUUUUAAAAUAAAAACCAUCAAGCUUAAUGGGAAAAGAAUUCGUCUUCAAGUUUGGGACACUGCUGGCCAAGAAAGAUUUAAAACAAUAACAUCCUCAUACUACAGAGGAGCGCAUGGGGUUAUGAUAGUCUAUGAUAUUGCAAGAAAAGAAACUUUCUCUAACCUCAAUAAAUGGCUGAAUGAGGUAGAAACAUAUGCCAAUCAAGGAGUCUUGAUGAUUUUGGUCGGCAACAAGACAGACCUUAAUUCACAUCGUCAAGUUUCCACCGAAAGUGGUGCAGAGUGGGCAGCUCGUAAUGACAUGCCUUUCAUAGAGACAAGUGCUAAAGAUUCUUUUAAUGUCACCGAGGCUUUCACAAUGCUUGCUGAGCUGGUAAAUAAACAUGUUAAAGACACUCAGACAGAGCAAAGAGCAUUUGUGUUGGGGGAUAAUCUUGAUCGUGGAAUUCGAGCAGGAGAUGGAAAUGAGAAGGAAAAGUGUGGCUGUAGUAACUAGAUUCUUAACCCUUUAAUUCCCAAGAUCUCCUUAGUAAUUCUCCCUACUGUCUCCCAUACAGUUCUUGUGAUAUUAGUUUAGAGAAUUUGGUAUUGGAUCAACUUGUAGUCCCCUAAUUGAUAUUUCUCUUUAUUCUAAUCAGUUGUCUGCUUGAGAUUGUAUGGAUAUUGUAGGAGGACAUUCUUUCUUGGUCACUCCUAGGAGUUGAAGGGUUAAAUAUUUGUAGUUAUUGUCCAUUAAAAUACUGUUUUGGUGACGGCAGCCAUGAACAACAGAUUUAACAGCAUACAUCAGGGAUAGACAAGGCUGUUCUUGGUCUAGGUAAUUAAAAUGUAUGAGCAGAUGGCUUGCAUGUUAAAGAAAAUUUUCCAGAGAAGCAAAUAUAGAAGCCUAUAAUGAAAGUUGGGACAGUUUGCAGAAAUCUGACAUUAAUUCAUUCCUUUAUUCUUUAUGUUGAGUACUGUAAACUAUCUACUAAGAUGUCUUAUACUCCUUCCUUCCAAAACGGUUUUUUUAGAGAUGCCUUUAACAAUUUGUUUGAAAUUCAUAAAACAAAGUCCUUGAAAAUUACACUGAAAUACAAAGCCAAGCUAACUGGAGAGUAAUGCAGUUCAAAGAACCUUCUUUUUUCCUCAGUAGAAUAUCCAAUAUUCUACAGUAAUUUAUCGCUGUUCAUGUUCAAGUCAUUAUUUUAGAGUUUGGAUUAGUUUUUAAACCACAAGGUUAAAUGUUGUAUAAUUUAAAAUAUUUUCAAGGUACAGUACCUAGUAAUUGAUUAUCCUUGUCUUAGAGAUCUUCUUAAAAUACUUCUCUCGUGUAAGUGAUUGAAAUUGAUGGAUUUUUGGCAGUAAAAGCAAUAUGAUAUGAGAGCUCUGUUGAUUAAUGCCUGGGAAAGAUUGGCUGUAAGACAGUUGACGUGUCACAAUUCGUAAUAAUAGCUUGACUCUAGAACUGAAAGUGACUUCACAUCUUGAGAGAAGAUAAUUAGAUUCAUGUUCAUUUAUUAUAAUUAUAACCACAUUAAAUAAAGGCAUCUGUUGUCUUUUUUGCUACAGCUGUAUUUCCUAGGGUUUAAUUUGGUGGAAAAAAUCCUCAACCUGACACAAUAAGAAUAUUUUUUUUCACUUUGCCAUAAAGUGGAGCAAAAAAUACAGCAAGGACAGGAUCAAAUUUAAAUUUUGUAUAUUUAGUGAGUCUACAUUCUAAAAUUGCAAAAUAAUUAUAGGUAUUCUAUUCAUGUAUUCCAAGUGACAUUAAUGGAUUCAUCAGAUAAAACUAACUUUUAAUUUGUAAACAAAAUCAUUUUUCAGUCUUUUCCCAAAAUCAUGACCACAGGAAACAAAGUUGUCGCAAAAGUAGAAUUUAUUAGUUUA